AGAACUUAGCCCAUCUGUGACCAGCCAGCCACAUGGCUGGAAUUCAGGGACUUCUUGGUGGUGCAAUGACUAGCUAGCUUCAGGGUACUCGGGAAACUCUCAUCUGGGGAAGAACUGAAACUAUUACAGAUCCAGGCAAUUUUUUUUCCCCCUUGAGAAACGACCACAGGGACCACGAUUGAGUCUUCUAUUUCUUCCUCAACUACCUGCCAGGGUCCACAGUCUGUUUUAGGAGGCAAACGUGAGCAGAAACAAUACCAUUACAAUUAAGGCCUCAGCAAAAUAUUAGGGGAGCUUAGAAGAGGCUGAUAUUUCUCAGUGGAGUUGGACAAUUCUUCAUUAAGGAGGUGAUAUUUGAUCUGGACAGUGAAUCAAGAGAAGGUUGGAGGUAAAAGCUUCUGUCACAAGAGAAAAAAAAUGUGGGAGAAUCAUCAGGGCAUGCACUCCAGAGCUCUAAAUGGGAUCCUUCAUAGAAAAGAGAAAAUGGCAGCCCAGCCCUUCUUUAGGCUGUGGAGAGCCCCUGAUCCAACUUUGUUCCAAAUGAUCUUGGUUGCUGCUCUAAUGGCUCCUGUUCUUGGAGGUUGUGAUAGCCCACCGAAUUUAGACUUUGCUUCUCUAACAACUGUGGUGAAUGAGACAUACUUCAGAAGUGGAACUGUCCUGAGGUACACCUGCCGUCCUGGCUAUGGCAGGGUUAAUAUUCUAAACCCGACUAUUACCUGUCGGCAUGACAAAUGGGACUACUACGAAUUCUGUGUCAAGAAACGAUGCAGACACCCAGGAGAAUUAGAAAAUGGGAAGGUGAUAGCGGAGACAGAGCUCGUCUUUGGAUCACACUUAAAAUUCGUUUGUUCAGAAGGAUAUAUUUUAAUUGGCAAAACCACUAGUUAUUGUGAGAUCCAAGAUAGAGGAGUUGGUUGGAGUGAUCCUCUCCCACAAUGUAUAAUUGCUAAAUGUAAGCCUCCUCCAGACAUCAGCAAUGGGAAGCACAAUGGCGCAGAUGAAGAUUUCUACACAUAUGGCUCUUCUGUCACCUACAGAUGUGACCCCAACUUCUCAAUGAUAGGAAAACCCUCCAUAUCUUGCACAGUGGAAAAUAAGACAGUAGGUGUCUGGAGCCCAAGUCCUCCUACUUGUAAAAAAAUCGUCUGUGUUAAGCCAACUGUUAAAAAUGGAAUAGUGAUCACUGGAUUUAGAACCAUCUAUACUUAUAAAAACUCCAUGCAAUUUGACUGUGAGAGAGGUUUUAUUCUCAAUGGAAGCAGUUUAAUCCAUUGUGGAGAAAAUGGUGACUGGGAUCCCCCUCCUCCCAUCUGUGAGCUCAAUAGUUGUACUGACUUACCAGACAUCCCAAAUGCCUCCUGGGAAAGAUAUAACAACCAUGUGCCAACAAAAGAGCAAAUGUAUAAUAUUGGAACUGUGUUGAGGUACACGUGCUCUGCCGGCUAUAAACCUGCUUCGGAUGGGCCUACAACUGUGACUUGUCAGAGAAAUUUGACUUGGACCCCACAUACAGGAUGUAAGGAGGUGUGUUGCCCAGUACCAGAGCUGGAGAAUGGUGAAAUCAUUUCACAACGCACUAGCUCUGUGAAUAGCUGUGCUUAUUUCUAUGAAGAUGUAGUUUAUUAUGAGUGUUAUAAGAAACAGCAGUUUGAAGCUAGAUGCCAAGAAGAUGGCAUGUGGUAUCCCAAAACACCAAAAUGUGAUGAGCACUGUGAUUUCCCUCCUGAGGUUGCCCACGGAUAUUACGAAGAAACGAAAAGAUUGCGGGUAUUCAUACAAAAUGAAGUGAUAUAUAGAUGUGACAAAGGAUACACUCUGGUUGGAGAGGCCAAACUCUCCUGCAGUUCUUCACACUGGACCCCUAAAGCCCCUCAGUGUAAAGCUCUGUGUCCAAAACCAGAAAUAGCCCAUGCAAAGCUGUCUGUGGAUAAGUAUCAAUAUCUUCAAUCUUCAAAUGUCACCAUCCAGUGUGACUCUGGCUAUGAAUUGGUUGGUCCCCAAAGUGUCACAUGCUUAGAGAGCAGAACCUGGUACCCUGAGUUGCCCAAGUGCGAGUGGGUGAUCCCCGAAGGCUGUGAACAUGUCCACAAAGGCAGAAAGAUCGUUCAGUGUCUCCUCAACCCAGCGGAUGUGAAAAUGGCCAUGGAGCUGUAUAAGUUGUCUUUGGAGAUCGAACUACUGGAACUACAGAGAGACAAGGAAAAGAAAUAUACUAUGGAGACAACACUGUAAUUUCCCCUAAAGGAGAGAGAAAAAUGUGCCACCUUCAAUACAAUACAGAUCACUUCAGGUCAUCAGCUCUACUAUCCCCUUUGCACCAUCGUUUAUGGUAGUAAAUGUCUAGAAAGGAUAAUUUGUUCACAUUUAGUGCUUUGUGACUGUAGAGUUUGAUGAUCUUGUAGCUGAUGGUUUUCCUUUUUUGGACACAAAGUGCAAAUUUUUUUUUCAAGUAAAGAAAUUAUGUAUCAGAAAUGA